UGAUGCGGCUGCGCUGGGUGGGCCGGGCUGAGGCGGCGGCGGCAGCGGCUAGAGGUGGCGGCGCGACGAUUGCCCCCAAGCCCAACCGCCAUGAGUACCAAGCAGGUCACUUGCAGGUAUUUUAUGCAUGGUGUGUGUCGGGAAGGAAGCCAGUGCCUGUUCUCACAUGAUUUGGCAAACAGCAAGCCAUCUACCAUCUGCAAAUACUAUCAGAAAGGAUACUGCGCCUAUGGAACUCGGUGCAGAUACGAUCACACGAGGCCCUCUGCUGCAGCUGUUGGUGCUGUGGGCACCAUGCUCCACAGUGUGCCCUCCCCGGGGUUCCACAGUCCUCACUCUCCUUCCAACCUUACUGCAUCUGUUGUGAAAACUAACUCAAACGAACCUGGGAAGCGUGAAAAGAGAACAUUGGUACUUAGAGACCGAAAUCUCUCUGGCAUGGCUGAAGAGAAGACUCACCCGAGCAUGGUGAGCAGUCCAGCUGGCUGCAGCAACGCCCAGCCCAUCCUGGAAAUGAAGCCACAUUCCUACCUGGAUGCCAUCAGAAGUGGCCUCGAUGACCUGGAGGCCAGCGGCUCCUGCAGCAGCGAGCAGCAGCUGUGCCCCUACGCAGCUGCCGGGGAGUGCCGGUUUGGGGAUGGCUGUGUCUACCUACAUGGGGAAAUGUGUGAAAUCUGUCGGCUACGGGUCUUGCACCCCUUUGACCCAGAGCAAAGGAAAGCUCAUGAGAAGAUCUGCAUGUCAACAUUUGAACAUGAGAUGGAAAAGGCCUUUGCCUUCCAGGCAAGCCAGGACAAAGUAUGCAGCAUCUGCAUGGAAGUGAUCCUGGAGAAGUCAUCUGCUUCUGAGAGGAGAUUUGGGAUUCUCUCCAACUGUAACCACACGUACUGCUUGUCCUGCAUUCGGCAGUGGAGGUGUGCCAAGCAGUUUGAAAACCCAAUCAUUAAGUCUUGUCCAGAAUGCCGUGUGAUAUCAGAGUUUGUGAUUCCAAGUGUGUACUGGGUAGAAGAUCAGAAUAAAAAGAAUGAGUUGAUUGAAGCUUUCAAACAGGGGAUGGGGAAAAAAGCUUGUAAGUACUUUGAACAGGGCAAGGGGACCUGCCCAUUUGGAAGCAAAUGCCUUUACCGCCAUGCCUACCCUGACGGGCGGCUCGCAGAACCUGAGAAGCCUCGGAAACAGCUCAGUUCUGAAGGCACCGUGAGGUUCUUCAAUUCAGUGCGGCUCUGGGAUUUCAUCGAGAACCGAGAAAGCCGGCAUGUCCCCAACACUGAAGAUGUCGACAUGACAGAGCUUGGGGACCUGUUCAUGCACCUUUCUGGAGUGGAGUCGUCAGAACCCUAAAGCGUAGAUGAUCAUCCCUGCAUCUUGCACUAAGCCGGCUGAAAUGUUCCCAAGCCAGGGUGUGCAGAGCUUCCCUGUGCUGCAGCCCAAGGUGCAGUAUAAGGCUUGGAUCUGAGUGGGUUGUAGUUACCCUUGGUCUCGUCCACUCUUCAUUACAGCCAUGGAAGAGGGAAGGAUAUAAAAUAACGUAACAAGUAUAUGGAAUUGCUAUUUUUAUAGUUGACAUCGUAGUUGCACUAGGGGAGCCAGCUAGCUACUUGGACUGUUUUGAUUCGUUGCUUUUAAAACAAAGUUGGCUCCUGUCCUUCUUGAUCUUUUUCUCUCCAGAAACAGUAAACCUGCAGCUGCCUCUAAAGCAGCAGAUUCAUUUUUCUUUCUGAAGGUUUCUUCAACCCCUAUAAAAGGAUUCCUUUAUAGUGGAUUUGCCUAGCAUAUUUAAAUAGUGUGUGGUCAAAAUCUUGAUUUAUAGAGCUUUCAGAACACACAGUGUAAGUGAGCAUUACUCAGCUGUAGCACAGUUUUUAUUAAAGUGUCCUAAAUCAGAGCAGUAGUCCAGUUGCCAUAUGUGCAAAGUGAAACCGUAAACCUUCUUCCCUCUUAAGGGGGCUCCUGUCCAUCAAGGCAGUUGUAUUGAGGACUCAAAAACACAGGUGUGCUUAUGCAAUGCAUGCUUCCUACUCAAGCCAUCCAUUCUUUUUUUGGUGGCUGGCCUGUAUUGGGAUCAAAACCCUUGACCUUGGUGGUGUAACACGGCGCUUUAACCAACUGAGCUAACAAGUCAUCUAUUCUUACCUGUAAAGCCUGGCUCUGACCCAGCAGUGGUCCUGAAAGGAAAUGAGGGCAAGUCCUACGUCAUCAGCUCGGUUUUAAUAGAAGGGCAAGCAUAACCUUGUGAGUCAGAACAGACUUGUUCCAAGCCUGAAUUAUCUAUUAUUUUUGUAAAAAGCUAUAGAGAGCAUAUUUUAUAAGAUACAUUGCUUAAAGUAUGGGUAGAGGAUCUCUUACCUGAGUUUACAGUGCUUUUUGCUUAAUCUUUAUAGUGGGCUCUUUGGUAAAGGUUUAGUUAUAAAGAGCAUAGACAAAGGCUAAAUUAAGUUCAUUCCCAGCCUAGGCUCUGGGCUUAUGUCCCAUUUGAAUUCUGUUCCAAAUGGGCAUGAACAAAUAGACAGUUCAAGCUGUAACUCAGUAUUACUUUAACAGCCAUUAAACCUAAACUUAAUUUAUUUUAUUAAAAUAACAUAAAUGAGGAACCAUCAGAUAACUGUAUUUUGUCAGGCGCAAUAAAGACAAAAUUAAAACCCCAAUCAUCAAGAAAA